AUGGACCUCCACCGCCCCUUCAAGAUGGACAGCUCCUCCUACAUGCCAGCUCCCCUCGCUUCCCCUGCGCUCAUGGUCCUCGCCUCCACCGCCGAGGCUGGCCGAGAUGCUUCGGUCCCCUGCCAGGCACCCAGGCCCUUCGGGGUCCCCACUUCGGUGGAGAAAGACCUCCACCUCCCCUUCCCCUCGGCAUCCUACACCUUCGCCUCUAUGUAUCAGCGCCAGGGCCCAGUGUCGGGUGCCUUUCCUGGCCGAGACUUCCCAGCCUCCCUGCUCCACCUGCACCCUCAGUUCACGCCGCCGAACUUGGACUGCUCCACCCUGGGGAUGCUCCACCACAGCGGGGUCAGCGGCGCCUUUCGGCCUUUCUCUUCACCACAUGAUGAGAGGGAGCCAAUCGGGUACCACUCGGCCUUCACGCCUGCCAAGAGGCUGAAAAGUUGUUUCUCGGAAGUGGAGGGCAAGGAAUUUGACUUUGGCUCCCCCGGAGGCACCAUUAAAGCUGGAGAAGACUCGGCGAGGAAGCUGUUCUCCAUGUCGGGCCUGCUUUCUGAUGGUGAGGCUUCUUCCAGCCCGGAGGAGCGGAGGGAGCACAGUGGCAAGGUAAAGGUGUUGUACGAUGCCGGGGCUCCAGUGUGUCCAGUGUGCCAGAGUGUUCUACGACCAGGGGAGCUGAAAGAGCACAUGGAGCAGGAAUUAGCCAAACUUAGCCAGAUUCAAAUCAGCGUCACUUCGGUGCAGCACGACCACCUCAUGAGGACACCGAAGUCCCUUUCAUUCUCUCUGCACAUCAAACACGAAGUAGCUUCUCCAACCUCAUCCCCUCGAUCGGCUGAUGACAUCCACUCUGACCGAUAUCAGACAUUUCUGCGUGUACGGGCCAACAGACACACAAGACUAAAUGUCGACGACCUCUGCUGGUGCAGGUGCUACGUCAAAUCUGCCCCAUUACGCUCCCACAGCGCAGGAGCCCAACUAGACUGCACACAAGCUGUCAGAAUCAGCAAACUGAAGCGGAGGAAACCAGAGGACGGUCAGGAGGUCCCUGCAGACACAACACCAUCAGAAGAUGAGUGGAAUGAAAGGAGGAAGAUACAGAUGAUGUCGCUAGUUGGAAGGUUCAAAGGUUCAAUGUUGGUGAGCAGCACGUCUAAAGAUGGUCGGGACAGCGACGCGGACCUCGACGUAGACGGAGACGACACCUUAGAGUACGGCCGAGCCCAAUACACCGAGACUGACGUGAUCAUGUGCUCUGGAGACAACAUCAAGGAGACGGCAGCCAAUGUCGGUGCACUGCCAGACUCCGGAGUCCACCGAAAAAUUUCCAAAUUGCCACAUGAAGAGAUUCCGUCCACCAGCAGUGGCGAUAAACUGGAAGGAAGCGCACUUGUCCUCCCCAAAACCUGCAAAAACGUUGGCGUAGACAUGCUUUCAGAAGAUUCUGUGCUGACAUCUCUAGAUGCUCUUAAAGCUCGGAUACGAGAUUUGGAGAAACAAUUGUGUAAAGGAGACAGAUUUAAAUGCCUCAUCUGUAUGGACACUUACUCAACCCCACUUACUUCCAUCCAGUGCUGGCACGUUCACUGCGAGGAAUGUUGGCUCAGAACGCUAGGAGCAAAGAAGCUGUGCCCUCAGUGCAACACCAUCACCUCGCCCGGCGACCUGAGGAGGGUCUAUCUGUGACGUGCACAGGCCCGUCGUCAGGUGUGGACUUGUGAGCAGCUGGCCUGACUCCCACCAGCUUCCCAAUUUCACCUUACAUUGGACCUACUUUCUAGUCAAUGCAUCCACUCAAAAAAAAAAAAAACUGAAAACAACAAAAAACAAACUGCUGAACAGGUCCGAAGCGACGUUUAACAUGAACUAUUUCAAAUUCCUGUAACUUGUUUAAUGGAAAGACCUGAAAAACACACUUUGGGGCAAUAUUUAUCAAUUUUAUAACCCU